GUGACGCAAAUAGACAGGGCUCAGCGCUAAACGAGGCCACGCAUAGUCUGCCCUCCCUUGGUUGCAAGCGAGCAACGUGAUUGGCCCAGGCCUCGGAAAGAGUGCCCGGGGAUCCAAAUGUACAGGCCGCAUUUAGCUUAGUGUCGAAAAAAUAUACCCAAACAAUAACAGACAAAACCGAGAAAGAAGAAAUAACGACGAUAUAUUUGAAGGAGUCCAUAAUCAGGGUUCUCUCCCCCGAUGGAAGGAAGAAACACCAGCAACACACUGUUCUUAUUUUAGAGCGCAUUGGCAUCAAAUGUGAAGAUCAAAGAGAUGGACCACGGCGGAGGGAUCCUGGAGCUACACACACAGGAGUUAAAGAUGCCUCACACCAUGAUCAUGCAAGACUUUGUGGCAGGAAUGAGGGGCCUGGCCCACAUCGAAGGGGAUCACAUUGUGGUGUCCAUGCCAGAGGGCAUGCUCCUGUCUGACGUCAUGACGGACGAAGGCAUUCUGCUGGAGCACGGCCUGGAGGUGGAGGGCCUUGAGACGGAGGUGGAGGGCCUUGAGACGGAGGUGGAGGGCCCUGAGACGGAGGUGGAGGGCCCUGAGACGGAGGUGGAGGGCCCUGAGACGGAGGUGGAGGGCCCUGAGACGGAGGUGGAGGUCCUGGAGACGGAGGCGGAGGUCCUGGAGACGGAGGCGGAGGUCCUGGAGACGGAGGCGGAGGUCCUGGAGACGGAGGCGGAGGUCCUGGAGGCGGAGGUCCUGGAGGCGGAGGGCCUGGAGGCGGAGGGCCUGGAGGCGGAGGGCCUGGAGGCGGAGGGCCUGGAGACGGAGGAGACGGAGGCGGAGGGCCUGGAGACGGAGGCGGAGGGCCUGGAGGCGGAGGGCCUGGAGGGCCUGGAGGCGGAGGGCCUGGAGGCGGAGGGCCUGGAGGCGGAGGGCCUGGAGGCGGAGGGCCUGGAGACGGAGGGCCUGGAGACGGAGGGCCUGGAGACGGAGGGCCUGGAGACGGAGGUGGAGGGCCUGGAGGCGGAGGGCCUGGAGACGGAGGUGGAGGGCCUGGAGGCGGAGGGCCUGGAGGCGGAGGCGGAGGUCCUGGAGACGGAGGCGGAGGUCCUGGAGACGGAGGCGGAGGUCCUGGAGGCGGAGGGCCUGGAGACGGAGGAGGAGGGCCUUGAGACGGAGGUGGUGGAGCUGGAGACACAGAUGGUCGAGGGUCUCGAAGAAGACCUAGAGACGGAGGUGAUUGAAGGCCCUGACAUCGGCCACGAGCACUUGCUGGAUGCCGAAGUGGCUAUGGACUCUCACCACCAUCACCAUGUUCUAACCUCAGACCUCAUUCAGGGCUCAGUCCACCAUCACCACCACAUGCCAGACCAGCUCUUUGUGGAGCACCAGGAGGAGGAUGGGGUGGAGGGCUUGGACCAGGAGGUGCUGGUUGGGGAGGAGGUGGGGCAGGAGGAGACAGUGAUCCAGGCCCAUGAGGAGCUGGAGGUGGAGGCUGUCUCUCUGCAGACUGACGAGGAUGAGGAGGAUGUGAAGAGCACCUCGGAGGACUACCUCAUGAUCUCCUUGGAUGACGUUGGUGAGAAACUGGACAUAGGAGACACUCCUCUAGAGAUCACUACUGAGAUGAUGCAGGACGAUGGCUCCAACAAGGAGGGGUCAGAGGUCAUCAAGGUCUACAUUUUCAAAGCAGAGGCCGAUGACGAUGUGGAGAUAGAUGUGUCAGACAUGGCAGAGCAGGUGUACAUGGAGGUGAUUGUUGGAGAGGAGGAGACUUCAGUAGUCCAGGAGAACCAGCUAGAUGACUCUCCAAACAGCAAGAUGUUUGUCCCGGUCUCCUGGGCUGCUGCCUAUGAUAACAGUGUGGACACAGUGAAGAAUGGAGGGACCAGGCCCUACAUUCAGAUCAGAGACGGUCAGGGUACCAACAGAGCCCUCAAACAGAAGAUCAGGAAGAAGAAGAGGAAGGGAGAGACACGGCAGUGCCAGACCGCUGUGAUCAUCGGUCCAGACGGCAUGCCCCUGACCGUCUACCCCUGUCACAUCUGCGGUAAGAAGUUCAGGUCACAAGACUUCCUCAAGUGCCACAUGAAGAACCAUCCUGACCACCACCUUAAGAAGUACCAGUGUACCGACUGUGACUUCACCACCAACAAGAAGGUCAACUUCCACAACCACCUGGAGUCCCACAAGCUACUGGUUCAUCGCAGUGACAGAGACCGAACCUCUUCCCCAGAGUACCCGGACUACAACAGGACCACCCCAGAGUACCCAGAAUACAACAGGACCACCCCAGAGUACCCAGAAUACAACAGGACCUACACAGAAUACACCCGGCGUUACCACGAAGACAGCCAGCUAGGAUCUAACAAGCUGAUCCUGAGGGACAAGGAGUCCAAACUGCACCACUGUAAGUACUGUGACUAUGAGACUGCAGAGCAGGGGCUCCUCAACCGCCACCUAUUGGCCGUUCACAGCAGGAACUUCGCCCACGUGUGCGUGGAGUGCACUAAAGGCUUCCGUCACCCGUCAGAGCUCAAGAAGCACAUGCGGACCCACACGGGCGAGAAGCCGUACUGCUGCCCGCACUGUGACUUUCGCUGUGCAGACCAGUCCAACCUAAAGACUCACAUCAAGAGCAAGCACGGUGCCGACCUGCCUUUUAAGUGUGGCCACUGCCCCCAGGCCUACGCUGACGAAGGGGAGCUGCAGCGGCACACGGAGAUGGUGCAGGGCCACAAGACCCACCAGUGUCCCCACUGCGAACACAAGAGCACCAACUCCUCUGAUCUAAAACGACACAUUAUAUCUGUUCACACCAAAGACUUCCCUCACCAGUGUGACGUGUGUGAGAAGGGCUUCCACCGGCCCUCUGAGCUGAAGAAACACUCAGAGACGCACAAGGGCAGCAAGGUGCACCAGUGCAGGCACUGUAACUUCACAACCUCUGAACCUUUCACCCUCAGCAGACACAUCCUGUCCGUUCACACCAAGGACCUCCCCUUUAAGUGUAAACGCUGUCGGCGAGGAUUCCGCCAGUCCACGGAGCUGAAGAAACACAUGAAGACCCACAGCGGGAGGAAGGUGUACCAGUGUCAGUACUGCGAGUACAACAGCCCGGACGCUUCAGGAUUCAAACGCCACGUGAUCUCGAUCCACACCAAGGAAUACCCCCAUUGUUGUGACUACUGUUGUAAAGGCUUCCGAAGGCCCUCGGAGAAGAGCCAGCACAUAGCCAGGCAUCACAAAGAUAUGUUGAUGGAGCGUUGUGAAUACAGUGACGACACAACGUUACCCGGAUAGAAACAGACUGCACACACUCGGUCUACGUAGACCUGAUUCACACGACAAAGGGGGAACACGUUUAGGAAGUUGAUAAGGAUGGAAUGGUACAUUUAGACUGCUAGCGACGAUAACAUUCUGACCGACUGCUUCUCUUUUUCUACUGGUUGUAUAGAGUAGGAAUAGGUCUCACCAGACCCCCCCCCAUUCCCUCUCCCCCAGGUGUAAUCAAACUAAGCAUAUUGUGGAAGUUGGGAGAAGAUUAAAACCAGGGUACAUGUAGUCUUUAUGUAUGUAUUUAUCUGCAGAGAGAGGAUUCACCAUAUGAUGAACAUUUAUUCAGGGUCUCAAAUUAAGUCUAUUUUUUAUACAUGUUGAAACUCUGAGGUGGGGAAAAGACAGACGUUAUUUGAGAACAUUCAGGCCUCUCUCUGUGUUUCUUUCCCUCGCUCUCUCUCUCUCUCUAUGUCUGUGUUUCUCUCUCUCUGUGUUUCUCUCUCUCUGUGUUUCUCUCUCUGUGUUUCUCUCUCUCUCUGUGUUUCUCUCCCUCGCUCUCUCUCUCUCUCUGUGUUUCUCUCUCUCUGUGUUUCUCUCUGUGUUUCUCUCUCUCUGUGUUUCUCUCCCUCGCUCUCUCUCUCUCUGUCUGUGUUUCUCUCUCUGUGUUUCUCUCUGUCUGUGUUUCUCUCUCUCUGUGUUUCUCUCCCUCGCUCUCUCUCUGUCUGUGUUUCUCUCUCUGUGUUUCUCUCUCUCUGUGUUUCUCUCCCUCGCUCAAAUCAAAUCAAAUUUUAUUUGUCACAUACACAUGGUUAGCAGAUGUUAAUGCGAGUGUAGCGAAAUGCUUGUGCUUCUAGUUCCGACAAUGCAGUGAUAACCAACAAGUAAUCUAACUAACAAUUCUAAAACUACUGUCUUAUACACAGUGUAAGGGGAUAAGGAAUAUGUACAUAAGGAUAUAUGAGUGAGUGAUGGUACAGAGAGCAUACGCUCUCUCUCUUUCUCCGUUUCUCUCUCUGUUUCUCUCUCUGUUUCUGUUUCUCUCUCUGAUUCUCUCUCUGUUUCUGUUUCUCUCUCUCUCUGUGUUUCUCUCUCUGUUUCUCUCUGUUUCUCUCUCUCUCUCUGUUUCCGUUUCUCUCUCUCUGUUUCUGUUUCUGUUUCUCUCUCUGUUUCUGUUUCUCUCUCUGUUUCUCUGUUUCUGUUUCUCUCUCUGUUUCUGUUUCUCUCUCUGUUUCUGUUUCUCUCUCUGUUUCUGUUUCUCUCUCUCUCUGUUUCUGUUUCUCUCUCUGUUUCUGUUUCUCUGUUUCUGUUUCUCUGUUUCUGUUUCUCUCUGUUUCUCUCUCUGUUUCUGUUUCUCUCUCUCUGUUUCUGUUUCUCUCUCUGUUUCUGUUUCUCUCUCUGUUUCUCUCUCUGUUUCUGUUUCUCUCUGUUUCUCUCUGUUUCUGUUUCUCUCUCUCUGUUUCUGUUUCUCUCUCUGUUUCUGUUUCUCUCUGUUUCUCUCUGUUUCUCUCUCUCGGUUUCUGUUUCUCUGUUUCUGUUUCUCUCUCUCUGUUUCUCUGUUUCUGUUUCUCUCUGUUUCUCUCUCUGUUUCUGUUUCUCUCUCUCUGUUUCUCUCUCUCGGUUUCUGUUUCUCUCUCUCUGUUUCUCUCUCUCGGUUUCUGUUUCUCUCUGUUUCUGUUUCUCUCUCUCUGUUUCUCUGUUUCUGUUUCUCUCUGUUUCUCUCUCUGUUUCUGUUUCUCUCUCUCUCUCUGUUUCUGUUUCUCUCUCUGUUUCUGUUUCUCUCUCUCUGUUUCUCUCUCUCUGUUUCUCUCUCUGUUUCUCUCUCUCGGUUUCUGUUUCUCUGUUUCUGUUUCUCUCUCUCUGUUUCUCUCUCUGUUUCUCUCUGUUUCUGUUUCUGUUUCUCUCUCUGUUUCUCUCACACCAGACUGUAUCAAACUAAUACAUACAGGAGAGCUGCAUCGCUCUUCUCUCCACUCUACCGACUAGUAUCUCCAAACCUGGGUUCAAAUCGUUUAUCAAUUAUUUCUUAUACAUUUUAGCGUUUGCUUUAUCCUGCCUACAAGGGGUUUGGACUUUUGCAAAUCUGUUGGUUCCAUUGUGCCAGGUAAGCCCAACUAAAGUAUGUAUUUGAAAUAGUUUUUAAACCCAGGUCUAAGUAUCCUCCCAAUAACCUGCUUUUUACCAUAAUCCUGUUGGUUUUAAAGGCAAUCUGAAUCACAAUCAUGUAGUUUAUUAUGAAUCUGAGUAACAUGAGUGGCCCGUUUGGCUGGUCCACCUGUGACGUCAGAGUGGAACAAUGUUUACACAAGCACCUUAACCUAUGAGCUACGAAACCAACUCAUUUUUUAUUUUUAACAAACAACUUUUGUUUUGUUUCUUAACAGUGCCGACUAUUAUUAAUUAAACUUGAAUGUUUUAAUGUCAUGUUAGGUGGACAGAUGGUUCCGUUCUGUGCGUUUUGGUAAAAACUCCAGCAGUUGUCACUGCAGUUGGUUUGUUUUGACCUUGUUGUGAAUGCCACUGUAAGAUUUGUAUAUGAUGUGUACGUGUCGUCACACAGAACACAGAUGUGGUCAAACAAGCCAACCAUCCGAUGGUCAUGUCUUAUGUGUUCCGUUUCUUCUCAUGCACUGAGCUCUGCUAAAAACAGAGAUCUGAAAAGUAAAGUGAUUUUAAGUCUCAAACGUACGCCGUUGUGUAAAGUACCAUUCUCUAAGAGAUUGUGUGUCUGUUUGAGUCGGUAGAAAGCACUUUAUUAUUUUGUUAAUUUUUACAUGUAUGCAAAGGGUGUAUAAUUUCUAUUCCCUGAAUAUAACAGACAAUAUGAGUGGUGGAGAGAGAGUUUGGGGUAUAUCAGGACCUUGUAUAGUUGGGACGGUAGCGACCGGUAUUCAUAUUAAAUGCAUUGUCAAUAGAGAGACAGCUGAACUGUUUUGUAUUGAUAGCUCAUAGGUAAAUGCUUGGUCUUUCUGGAAAGAGUUCUGCUCACUGGUAUCCAGCAACCCCACAGUGACUGGGCUACACUCUCCUUGAAUACAAUGGUUGAGAGAUUGGCAUUGAAUUCAUACAGUAUGCACAUAAUAUGCUGUCCAUGGAGUUUAUUUGUGGUUAAAAAUGUAUGCAUUUUCUUGUUUGAUUGUUCAGAAACUACUGUUGAGGAGGAACCGAAAUAAACAGUUAUCUUUUUA